GGAAGUUAGUAAGAAGAUGGGGUAUGCAGCCACUUCUCUUUCGUGCUUGUGACAUAUAUAGGCUUUGACACUCAUCCCUGCUACUAUACUACCAUGUGUUAAGUUUGAAUUCUGAAUUUUUUAGUUGGAUUGGAGUACAUUGCCCAAGACUUAUUUUUGUAUCCUCACUUUUUCUCUCUUCAAUUUUUGUCUUUUAUUUUUAUCAAUCUCUGCUUUUUUUCAUAUCACAACCACCAAUCAAAUAUAUUUCUAUCCAAGCAAACCAAUUUUACACCAUUAAAUAGGGUGUGAAAUGUAUUUUUUUCUGUAUUUUUCAUAAGAAAAAUGUUUGAUGAAGAGAUCAGAGAAAAAUAAUAGAGAUGCAUAACUAAAAAUGUAAUUAAUGUAAAUUUGUUUGGCUUCCCAAGAUAUGCCAAUAAUCGACAAUCAUAAGACUAAUCCUGUAGAAAUUUUGAGAGAUCACGUUAAGUGGGUAUAGUAGACAUCUCCCAACAAAUGCUUAUCCAUACGCAUCGCGGGAGAAACAUUUGUGAAUGUUAAAUAUAAUUUCAAAAGUGAAAUCCAAAUGCACCAUUUUGAUUUUUGAACUUAAAUAAUAAAUAGUGAGUGAUAGGGCGCUCUAUGCUGGUCCCCAAUUUCUUCAAAUAGAGCAAUCUAAACCGUCCAGAUUGAACCGGACCCACUAGAUUCAACGGCCGUAAUUCAGUUACUGCAGGGGAGCCUCCUUGUUCUCCAUUCUCAAAUCCAUAUUCUCUCUGCUAUUAAACACAGCAAUUCCAUUGCUUAAUCUCAUUUCUUCUCUCACUUCCUCUUUGGUGCCAUUGCUUCAUCGUCAUUCAUCGUUUCAGCGAACAACAAUGCUAGCUCUUCAAUUCUGAGUGCAGUGGGUCAGUAAACCAUUCGUUCAAAGCUUGUACGGUGAAACACUGACUGGGGAGUGAAGUGAAAGAGAUGUUAACAAUGAGAAAAAGACUAGCUUGCUGCACCAGGGAGAGGACUAUUAGCAUCGAUUUUGAUCAGCAACAGAGGAUUAUGACAUACAAUGGCCUUGAGAGUUGCAUUUUAAACAAUCAGUCUUAUGAAGAAGAGAGCAGAACUAGUAGAGGAGAUGGGUGUAUAACUGAUUCAUUUGAUGAAGACGAUUCCAGUUGUUCCUCUAGCAAAGAUGCUUCUGGAUCAUUCUCUUCAAAUUGUUUGAGAAUGAAAAGAGAUGAAAAGGGAUUGGAAGAAUGGAAAGUCUCUCAAAGUCCUCAACGUUUUUAUGCCAAAGAGAAGAAGCCUGCUUAUGUCAUGCAACAUUCAGAUAUAGAAGCCAUGAAGGAGAAAUUUUCAAAGCUCUUGCUAGGGGAAGAUGUUACAGGAGGAACUAAGGGCCUCAGCACAGCUUUGGCUCUGUCUAAUGCCAUCACAAACCUUGCGGUAACGGUUUUUGGUGAGCUAUGGAAAUUGGAACCUUUAUGUGAAGAAAGGAAGAACAAAUGGCGAAGAGAAAUGGAGUGGUUACUGUCUCCUACUAACUAUAUGGUUGAACUUGUUCCUGCUAAGCAAAUCAGUGCCAAUGGUGGGAGGAUCUUUGAGAUUAUGACCCCGAAAGCUCGUGCAGACAUCCACAUGAAUCUUCCGGCGCUUCAGAAGUUAGACUCUAUGCUUAUUGAGGCUUUAGAUUCUAUGGUGGAUACAGAGUUUUGGUAUGCUGAGGGAGGAAGCCGUGCCGAAGGGAGGAACUCGAGUGCACGGCAUAGCCAACGAUGGUGGCUUCCAUCACCCCAAGUACCAAAAAAUGGCCUUUCUGAUACUGAAAGAUUGAGGUUGCUUCAUCAGAGAAGGGUGGUGCGUCAGAUAUUCAAGGCUGCCAAAUCUAUCAAUGAAAAUGUGUUGCUUGAAAUGCCUGUGCCAGCAAUUAUCAAAGAUGCACUUGCAAAGUCUGGGAAGACAAACCUUGGACAGGAGUUGCACAAGGUUUUGUUGGAUGAAUCAAGCAAUGGAGAAGACAUGCUUAAAUCCCUCAAUUUGAAAUCUGAACAUAUUGUCCUUGAGACCAUUAAUAGAUUGGAAGCUGCUAUUUUCUCAUUGAAAGAAAAGAUUACAGAACAAGUUAGUCGCAAAUCCCCAGCUCGAACCUCAUGGUCUUUUGUGAAGGACUCUCUGUCAGAAGUAGAUAAAAUGGGGUUAUUAAUGGACCGUGCAGAAACACUCUUACAGCUGCUUAAAAUCAGAUUCCCAAACCUUCCUCCAACAUUUCUAGAUGCUACUAAAGUUCAAUAUGGCAAGGAUAUUGGACAUUCCAUUUUGGAAGCUUACUCCAGAGUUCUUGGAAACUUAGCUUUCAGCAUAUUGUCUAGAAUAAGAGAUAUAUUGCAGGAGGAUUCUUUUAGCAAUCCCAAUUCGCCUGCGGCGGCGAUAAAUCUCUCUGAAACUUGGGUGGUGGGUUCUCAUGUAAGACACUCCUUACUUGACAAAAUGAACAAGGCAAAUGGACAAUGUUGUGAUUCUAGUUUUGAUAGUACUUCAGAUUUAGAACUAUCUAUUGAUGCCAAAUCCAGUGUUGAAAUAGCUACACCAAGCCGGAGUAGUGCCUGGUGUAUUAGUAGAGAGGCUUGUACAAGUGUGUCUCCUCAAAAUUCCCCAUAGUGGGUUUUGUUUAUUUGCUUUUGUAAAUGAUGUUAUUAUUACAUGCUUAGUAUGAAUAGAAGCAAACUCAUAGGUUUGCUGAUCUUGAA